UCUUUUGCUGCUCUCAUGAUCAUGCUGAGAUCAAAAAGUGGAGAUCAACUAAGCUUUUAUCAGACUAUAAGAGAUAUUCGUGGAUUAUGGAAGCGUGAUAAAGUUGUGUGUAAAAAUAGAAAACGUAAAAAUAAUAAUAUUGAACGACGGAAUAAUAACAAACGCCAGAUGUGUGCCGCCACAAAUAAUACACAAUACAAUUUCAAUAAUAAUGAACAACAAAAUAACGCCGAAACCAAUUCGAGUGGCUCAAAUACACAUUUGGAUAAAGAUAAAUGUGAGAAAAUCAAGCGCUUCAUCUUAAUUGGUGUGCUGGCAGUGUUGGGCAUUGUCGGCUGGCAUAUCUACGAAUACUUCUAUGCGGGCAAAGGCGGUGGCGGCGAUGAUGGCACAUUUGUUGAGCACGAAAUUAUUGAUCUCACACAGCGUCUUUUCGCCGACGAAGUGCGUAGCAACAACUAUCCGAUCAACGUGAAUUUCCAGGGCAAAACCAGAUCUUUUGCGCGCGACGACCGUGCAGCUGAGCCUUUACUCCAAACGGAUGAUGCGUUGUACACAACAGACGCCUCCAGCACGAUUCCAUUGUUACGUCGGCUAUUCGACAACUAUCUGCUCGAUGUGAAUGCAGUAGAAGGUACCACGGCGGAGCAGGCACAGGAAGAGUUGGAUUUUCUCAAUGCUGUGCUCAAGACCUCAAUAAUGAAGCAUACAAUGUUAUUUCUGCAGCAGAGAGGUCUCGUUGCUGCCAAUCACAAGGCUCAAAUUGAAUUACUCAGGAGCAUUUGGUUUACGCAGUAUUCACGCUCCAGAGGACGAAUGGGCAGUUCGGGUUUUGAGCAUGUAUUUCUGGCCGAAUUACGCGAUGAGACGAUUUUGGGUUUACACAACUGGAUUUACUUUCAUGAACAGGAAGCCCAAGGCAAUUUGGAUUAUAAGGGAUUUAUUGAGAAAAUACAAUUGGAUAAGAACAAAUAUGUGCUGGCCACACGUUUUACAUUCCACAAUCAUAUUAAGCCAUAUAACACACUUUUCAUUGGCACUUCACCGGAAUUCGAGCUGAGUGUUUACACUGUCUGCUUCCUGUUGCAUGUGGAAGAACCAUGUCCGGUGCAGAUGGGCAACACUAAAUUCAAUAUUAAUACAAAUGCUUGGGAUUGGCAUGGACGGAAGACAUUGGCAGCUGCCUAUCCAAGCUUGGAGAAAUGAAAUGUGUAAUUUGCUGUAAAGCUUUCUCUACAUUCGGAUCAUUCGUCUGGAGGCUAUAGUAUUGCUGAAUAUUUUAUGAUAUUAUAUGAAAAAGAGAGUUUUAUUAACUAAGUUUGUACAUAUGUACACAUGUAUUUAAUAAAUAAAUUAAGUGGUGUUUAUUUCAACACUUAGUGUGAAAUUAGAAAA